AUGUCUGCGCGGCAGGCGAAGCUCAUCUUCGCCCUGGCGCUUGGCGUACAGGGCGUUCUGUGGUCUCAAUCUCGCUAUGGCACUUCGCUGAAGCCCCGACCAGGGUUUGCAACCUCUCUCCUGGACUCGGCUGGUCUCACCAGACGUGGGUUGUACGCGCCGGGCAAUGACACUAUCACGAUGUUAACAGAAGGAGAGCCCAAGUGCAAGCCGCUCUCCUUCCCCAUCUCAAACCAAUGUGCGCACGUCCGGGACGUCUGCCCCACAUCCGAGACCUUCCUCCACAUCCCCUACAUCCAACGCUACUUCUGCACCCCGGAAUCAUGGCGCCCCACACUCUUCGUCGGACUCGUUCUCUGGCUCUCCUUCCUCUUCUCCACGCUCGGCAUCUCCGCCGCCGACUUCUUCUGUCCAAACCUCGCAACGAUCGCGCAGGUUCUGGGGCUCGACGAAAACGUGGCGGGCGUUACGUUCCUCGCCUUCGGGAACGGGAGCCCGGACGUGUUCGCGACGUUUUCAUCUAUGCGGGCCGAUAGCGCGGGGUUGGCGAUCGGGGAGCUGCUCGGCGCGGCGUCGUUCAUCGUGAGCGUCGUUGUCGGUUCAAUGUGCAUCAUCAAGCCAUUCCGCGCGGACCCGUGGCCGUUCCUGAGAGACGUCGGGUUCUUCACCCUCGCGGUCUCGCUCUUGCUCGGCACGUUGUGGGACGGCAAAAUCGAGAUGUGGGAGGCGGGCGGGCUCGUCGUCGUAUAUGCGGUGUAUGUAACCGUAGUUGUGGUUGGGACGUGGUGGAUGAAGAGGAGGGCGUUGAGGAGAUCGAGAGAAGCGUUGGUCAGAAGCGAGUACGCGGAGGAGGAAAUACCGCAGAUCGCAUUUCAUGACGAGGAAUACGGGUACCGAGACGAACCUCUGGCCCCAUCGAACUCGCUCGUCAUCCCGUCAUCGCCGUCAGGAAGGCUCCGCGCAGCCUCGCAGCCGUCACCACCGAGCCUGUCGAUCCGCCCCGACCUCCCGCCGCGCCCUCAUUCGCGCGAGUCUUCGCACGCAGAGACGCCGCGACUGGGGCAAAUGACGUCCUUCUCGCUCGUCGGCGCGCUCGAGUUCAGGCACCUCGUCAGCUCACUUCAGCCGCACGCAUCCGCGUCUUCGCUGUCCUCGCUGUUCGACAGCCCGGUGACACCGUACGCGGGCGGACACUACCACACCCGCACGCGGAGCCACUCGCGCACGCCGGGUCAUCCGGGGCGGACGGACUCUGAGCGGGAUCCGUGGGAUGCGGCGCUGGCCGAGUCGACGGGCAGCGUAAGGCUGCAGCCGCGCCCGUCGUCCCCGAACGUGGCGUCGCAUGGCGGUACGCCGAACGGGCACGGGAGCUUGCUUCUGCCGAUACACGACAGCGAACAGGAGUUGACGCCGGUGAGCGCAUCGCCGCCGGCGAUGAGCCCCACGUCGACGACGGCCGCGACGGAUCCGGAGGCGCGCAAGGGCGCGUCGGCGUCGAAGAGGCAGCGGGCAAGACGAGCGCUUAGAAGCGCAUGCCACGUGUUAUUCCCGACCUUGCUCGAGUUCCGGUCGAAGUCGGCGCUGGGGAAGUUCAUGGCGCUGUUCGCGGCGCCGGCGGUGCUGCUGCUUACGCUCACGCUGCCGGUGGUGGUGUCGCCACAUGUGCACCAGCAUGGGUCAUUCAAGUCGUCACCAGGGGCGGAUGGACAUCUACUCGAUUUUGAGGAGGAGGGGUACGAGCGGGCGUUGGUGGCGGAGGAGGAAGUCCAGGAGGAGAUGCAUGGACUCGCGUUCAAUAAGUGGUUGAUGGCGGCGCAGUGCGUGUGCGGGCCUCUUUUCGUGGUCAGCGUGUUGUUUGAUGGCGCGACACACGAGGGAUACCUGCUAUUCGCGGUCGGUGCGGCGGGGUUGGCACUGGCGGCGGUCGUGGCAGUGCUUGCAGGUAAAAACGAGCACCCGACAGUGAGGAUGGUGAGGUGUGCGAUGGGAUUCAUGGUCGCUGUGGUGUGGAUCAUGGCGAUCGCGGACGAAGUCGUCAGCGUCUUGCAGACGUUCGGGUUCAUAUUUGGACUGUCGAAUGCAAUCAUCGGGUUGACGAUAUUUGCCAUGGGCAACUCGGUCGCGGAUCUCGUUGCGAAUACCAGCGUCGCCGCUUUCGCACCCAUUAUGGGCUUCUCGGCCUGCUUCGGUGGGCCGAUGCUCAACAUUCUCCUCGGAAUCGGCAUUUCAGGCUCGUACAUGAUCGCCCAGACGGAGCGACCGUACGAGCUUGACUUCUCCGACACGCUGAUCAGCUCCGCGCUCGGCUUGCUCGCGCUGCUCGUGAUGACGGCGGUUGUCGUGCCCCUGAACGGGUACGAGCUCACGAGGAGAUGGGGAGUGGUGUUGAUUGCGACGUACUCUGUGAUCAUGGCGAUAAAUAUCUGGGUCGAGUUGCGAUGGUAGCAGCGGGGUCUUGCUACGAAGAUGCAUGGACUGUUGUCGUAUAUUAGUAUGUAAAUUAUACGAUGCUCCGAGAACAUGUAAACUUUCCAGUGCGCAACCCAGAAAGAGCUAGCACCC